GGGCCCCCCGGGAGGCCCUGGAGAUGCCCGAAGGCCUCCGGUCUGCUGUCCCCAGCGGGACCUAGUCCACGCCGCAUCCGGGGGAAGAGGAGGAGGAGGGGGGCGUGGCCAUGGGGCAGCCGGCGCCGGCCCGGGCCCCGCGGGCAGUCGCGGCCUGGCUGACCUUGCUGGCGCUGCUGGUGCCCUCGGAGGCGCUGGUGCGGGCGGUGCUGGACGGCAACGCCAGCACCGUGGACUUCGCCGACCUGCCGGCCCUGUUCGGGGCGCCCCUGGCCCCUGAGGGCGUGCGGGGCUACCUGAUGGAGGCCAAGCCGGCCAACGCCUGCCACCCCAUCGAGGGCCCGCGGCCGGGCAACGGCUCGCUGGGCGCCAUCGUGCUGAUCCGCCGCUACGACUGUACCUUCGACCUCAAGGUGCUGCACGCCCAGCGGGCGGGCUUCGAGGCGGCCAUCGUGCACAACGUGCGCUCGGACGAGCUGGUGCGCAUGGCCCACGUCUACGAGGACCUGCGGCGUCAGAUCGCCAUCCCCUCGGUGUUCGUGGGCGAGGCCGCUUCGCAGGACCUGCGGGUCAUCGUGCGCUGCGACAAGGGGGCCCACGUCGUCCUGCUGCCCGACUACCCGCCCUGCCCCGACCUGGACUGCCACCCAGUGCUGGCCGUCUCCUGGGUGCUGGGCCGCGCCCUGGCCCUGCUCGCCUCCGUCUUCCUGGUCCUCCGCCCGCUGUGGGGCUGGCUCUGGGCCCGGCGGAGCCGCGGGCCGGAGGUCAAGCCGAGGGCCGGCCAGAAGGCCCAGGUGCGCACCUUCACGCGGCGGAACGACCUGUGUGCCAUCUGCCUGGACGAGUACGAGGAGGGCGACCAGCUCAAGAUCCUGCCCUGCUCCCACACUUACCACUGCAAGUGCAUUGACCCCUGGUUCUCCCAGGCCGCCCGGCGCUCCUGCCCCGUGUGCAAGCAGUCGGUGGCCGGCACGGAAGACGGCUCCGACUCCACCGUGGACAGCCUGGGCGACGAGGACCCCUCGCUGCCGGGCCACCGACCCCCCAUCUGGGCCAUCCAGGCCCGGCUGCGCUCGCGGAGGCUGGAGCUGCUGGCCCAAGCCGGCUCCCAGGGCCACUCCAGUGCCACGUCUCUGGGGGUGGCCGAGGCCACCGCGCCCUCCCAGAGACUUCCAGAACGGCUGUGA